AUGAGUGACUCUCACAGUAUCGGGACGGACAGUGUCGACUCCGCCGGCGGCGAAGUCAAACAGUUCAACCCUAUCGAUGACGUCGAGGCACAAGAAAAUGGCGAAAACUUAUCUCAACACUUGUCCAGAAUCUUGUCCACUCCAGAAGGUAUCCAAAAGAUCGAAUCCUUGGCCAGAGUGUUGUCCACAAAGACCAAGGCCGACUUGGACCACUUCGAAGUCAACCCUCAAGAUUUCGACUUGAAGCUCCUCUUGAAAUACUUGCAUGAGAGAGCUUCCGAACAAGGUAUCGAAUCUGCCCACUCCGGUUUGGCCUUCAAGGACCUGACCUGUUGGGGUGUUGAUGCGUCUGCUGCCUACGGUCCUUCCGUUCCGGAAAUGUUAAGAGACUCGGUCAAAUGGCCUGCCAAGUUCUUCAAAAAAGACACCCGUCUCCAAAGACAAAUCAUUAGAGACUUUAUGGGUAUUAUAAAGCCUGGAGAGUUGGUCUUGUCUUUGGGUAAGCCUGGUGCUGGUUGUUCUUCCCUUUUGAAAGCCUGUGCCGCCCUGGUCGAAGGUACCUUUUCCUACGAUGGUUUAGACCAAGAAGAAAUGAUGAAAAAAUAUAAAGGCUAUAUCGUCUACAACCCGGAAUUGGAUUUCCACUUCCCUUACAUCACCGUCAAAGAAACCAUUCAAUUCGCUUUGAGAACUAAAACUCCAAAGACGAGAAUCGAUAGUAUGGGUAGAGAGGAAUACGUUGACAACAUGCUGAGAUUAUGGUGUACCGUUUUCGGUUUGACCCAUACCUACUCCACAAGAGUCGGUAAUGAUUUUGUCAGAGGUGUCUCUGGUGGUGAAAGAAAGAGAGUCUCCAUUGUGGAAGCAUUAUCCAUGAAUGCUUCAUUCUACUGUUUUGAUAACGCUACAAGAGGUUUGGACGCUUCUACCGCUUUGGAGUUCACCCAAUGUUUGAGAACUGCCACAAACAUAUUGCGUUGUGGUGCUUUGGUUGCUAUCUACCAAGCCGGUCAAAACAUUUAUGAGCUUUUCGAUAAAGUCACAGUCAUUUACAAGGGUAGACAAAUUUACUGGGGUCCAGCUAAAACCGGUGUCAGCUAUUUCGAGAGAAUGGGUUACGUGAAGCCAAGCAGAAUGACUGCACCAGAAUUUUUAACUGCCGUCACUUCCCCUGCAUCUAGACAAAUCAAGCCUGGAUUUGAAGGUAAGGUACCAGAUACUGCCGAUGAAUUUGAACAAUAUUGGUUUUCUUCUCCAGAAUAUCAAGAAUUGCUAGCUGAAUACGACGAAUUCGUUGCCACUCAUAAUGCUGAAGAAACUAGAGCUAGAUUAGAGCUAGCUACUUCACAAAGAAAGCAAACUGGUCAAAGAAACAAAUCCAUUUUCGUUGUCAACUAUUUUGCUCAACUAAGAUAUUUGGUCAUCAGAGGUUUUCAAAGAACUAAGGGUGAUAUCACUUAUACCAUGGUUUACUUGUCUUCUUUCGUUACUAAAGGUUUUGUUGUCGGUUCCAUGUACUACCAUAUUCCUAAAUCCACUGUUGGUGCAUAUUCCAGAGGUGGUAUGUUGUUUUACUGUUUGUUGUUCUGUGCUUUAACUUCUUUGGCUGAAAUUGCUAACUCGUUCGCAAACAGACCAAUUUUGGUUAAACAAAAAUCUUACUCCAUGUACCAUUUGUCUGCUGAAGCCUUGCAAGAAAUGAUCACUGAAUUGCCAACCAAAGCAAUUGCUGUCAUCAUUUUGUCUUUGACUUCUUACUGGAUGCCAAAUUUGAAACACACUGCAGGUGCUUUUUUCAUGUUCUUCUUAUUCUUGCUAACCAUUCAACAAUGUAUGUCUUUCAUUUUCAAGCUUGUUGCCACUUUAACUAAGGAUGGUACCACGGCUCACGCAGUCGGUGGUUUAUGGGUCUUGAUGCUUUGUGUUUAUGCAGGUUUCAUGUUGCCAUUGCCAAAGAUGCAUCACUGGAUCAAAUGGAUUCACUACUUGAACCCUAUGUUUUACUGUUACUACUCAUUAAUGGCCAACGAGUUUCACCACAGAAUCAUGCCUUGUUACAAGCUGGUCCCAUCUGGUCCUGGUUAUGAAAAUGUUUCUCUUAUCAACCAAGUUUGUGAUUUGCCAGGUGCUGUUGCCGGUAAUGACUGGGUCUCUGGUGAAGCUUACAUUUUAAGACACUUUGACUUCAGAUGGCACAACGUCUGGAAAUACUGGGGUAUCAACUUGUGUUGGACUGCAGGUUUCAUUGGACUGAAUGUUUUUAUGGCCGAAUUCGUCAAAAAUGUUGAAGGUGGUGGUGAUAUGCUUUUAUUCAAGAGAGGUCACAUGCCGGAUGCUGCUGGUGGUGAAGAAUGGGAUGGUAAAGUUGCUACCAGAGAAGAAAUGAUGCUUGCUUUGAAUGGUCCAGAUGCUGACCUAGAAAAGAUUAUUUCUGAAGCUGAUAUUUUCUCAUGGAAAAACUUGGACUACAUUAUUCCUUACGAAGGUGCAACUAGACAAUUGUUGUGUUCUAUUCAAGGUUACGUUAAGCCAGGUACUAUGACUGCCCUUAUGGGUGAAUCUGGUGCAGGUAAAACUACUUUAUUGAACGUUUUGGCUCAAAGAAUCUCCUUUGGUACUAUUACUGGUGAUAUGUUAGUUAAUGGAAGACCUUUGGAUAGCUCCUUCAAGAGAAGAACUGGUUACGUCCAACAACAAGAUUUGCACAUGGCUGAAUUCUCUGUUAGAGAAUCUUUGAGAUUUGCUGCUGAUUUGAGACAGCCAAAGUCAACUCCUCAGGCAGAGAAAUAUGAAUACGUUGAAAAGAUUAUUGGUUGUUUGGGUAUGGACAAGUAUGCCGAAGCCAUGGUUGGUAAGAUUGGUAGAGGUUUGAAUGUCGAACAAAGAAAGAAAUUGUCGAUCGCCACUGAGUUGGUUGCUAAGCCAUCAUUGUUGUUGUUCUUGGAUGAACCAACUUCUGGUUUAGACUCUGAAUCAUCCUGGUCUAUUGUUCAAUUCAUGAAGGCUCUUGCAGAUUCUGGUCAAGCUAUCUUGUGUACCAUUCAUCAACCUUCAGCUACUUUGUUUGAAGUUUUCGACAGAUUGCUUUUACUAAAGAAGGGUGGUAAGACUGUCUACUUUGGUGAUAUUGGUCCUAACUCCUCAACUAUGUUGGGCUAUUUUGAACGUUACUCUGGUGUUAACUGUGGUGUUUCCGAGAACCCUGCUGAAUACAUAUUGAACUGUAUUGGUGCUGGUGCAACUGCUUCUACUGCUCAAGAUUGGGCUGAACUUUGGAAUAACUCUCCAGAAUGUGCUCAAGUUACCGCUGAUAUUGAACAACUACAUGCUGAAUUGCCUCAAAGACCUAUUAAUUCUAACGUUGGUGAUUUGACUGCCAAAUACGCAACUACGUACGACAAACAAUUCUGGUUUGUUUUGAAGAGAACUUACCUUCAAUUCUGGAGAUCCCCUGUUUACAUCAGAGCAAAGUUCUUGGAAUGUGUUUUCUGUGCUUUGUUCGUCGGUUUGUCUUACAUUGGUUUUGACCACACCAUCGCUGGCGCAUCUGGUGCUUUCUCAUCUGUUUUCAUGUUGUUGUUGAUUUCCUUGGCUAUGAUUAACCAAUCCCACGUCUUCGCUAUUGAUUCAAGAGAAUUGUACGAAGUCAGAGAAGCGUUGUCCAACACUUUCCACUGGUCUUGUUUAUUGAUCUCCCACACUUUGAUUGAAAUUUACUGGUCUGUUAUUUGUGAGUUCUUCUGCUACAUCUGCUACUACUGGCCAGCACAGUACUCGGGCAAUGCUCCGUUUGCAGGUUUCUUCUUCUUCAUUUACGUCUUGAUCUUCCCAAUCUACUUCAUCUCAUACGGUUUGGCUAUCUUAUACUUCUCUCCAGAUGUUCCUUCAGCUUCCAUGAUCAACUCCAACUUGUUUGCUUCUAUGUUACUUUUCUGUGGUAUCUUAAACCCUAAGAGAUGGUCUCCAAGAUUGUGGUCUUUUAUGUAUGUUGCUUCCCCUUUCACAUACUUCGUCCAGGCUUUCGUUGGUAGUAUUGUUCAUGACAGAGUUUUGAUCUGUGCUUUCGAUGAAUACAACAUUAUGGAUCCACCUUCUGGUCAAACAUGUGGCGACUUCUUAUCAACUUACGUUGAUAACAAUGGUGGUUAUCUUGUCAACCCAACUGAAGACACCCAAUGUAAAUACUGUCCAUACACCAAGCAAGAACAAGUUGUUGAACAGUAUGGUAUCCACUACAGUGAACAUUGGAGAAACUUUGGUAUUGCAUGGAUUUACAUUUGUUUCAACUUUGGUGCAAUGUGUGCUGGUUACUACAUCUUCAGAGUUAGAGGAUUCUCCAUUUCUGGUCUAUUCAACGUUAAGAAGUGGUUUGAAAAGGCAAGAGUCGACAGACACGAAAAAGAUACGACUAUCUUCCAAAAGAAGGAAGGAGACGACAAGGUUUUGGUUCCAAAAAAGCCAGCUAACUAA